AUGUAUCUUUUCUUUGCUUCACCGCCCUUUUCUUUGAAUUUCAGCUUAUUUUUUAUUAAUUUUUCUUUCUUUCUAAAACUGUUUUCUUCCUUCUUUCUUUUUUCUUUCUUAACUUUUUCCUUCUUUCUUCUUUCUUUUUUCUUUCUUCUUUUGUCCUUCUUUCCUUUUUCCUUCUUUCUUUUUUCCUUCUUUCUUUUUUCCUUCUUCCUUUUUCCUUCUUCUUUUGUCCUUUCUUUUGUCCUUCUUUCUUUUUUCCUUCUUCUUUUUUCCUUCUUCUUUUGUGCUUCUUCCUUUUUCCUUCUUUUUUCAUUCUUUCUUUUUUCCUUCUUCCUUUUUUCCUUCUUCUUUUGUGCUUCUUCCCUUUUCCUUCAUUUGUCCUUCUUUCUUUCUUCUUUUGUCCUUCUUCUUCCUUUUUCUUUCUUUUGUACUUUCUUUUUUCCUUAUCCCUCUUCCUUUUUUCUUUCUUUUUUUUUCUUCUUUCUUUUUUCCUUCUUCAUUUUUCCUUCUUCUUUUGUCCUUCUUCCUUUUUCUUUCUUUCUUUUUUCCUUCUUCCUUUUUCUUUCUUCUGUCCUUCUUUCUUCCUUCUUCUUUUGUCCUUCUUUCUUUUUUCCUUUUUCUUUUGUCCUUUCUUUAUUCCUUCUUCCUUUUUCAUUCUUUCUUUUCCUUCUUUCUUUCAUACAUUUCUUCCUUUUUCCUUCUUUUUUUCAUACAUUUCUUUCUUUUUUCUCUUGCACUAUCUAUCUAUCUGCUUCUUCUUUCUUUAUUCCACUAUCUUAUUUCUUUCAAUAUUGUCUUUCCUUAUCUUUCUUUCAUGAUUUAUUUAACUUCCUUUUUCUUCGCCUUCAUUUUUCUUUCUUUUUGCACUAUCUAUCUAUCUAUCUAUCUAUCUAUCUAUUUCGUUUCUUUCACUAUAGACGAACUUUGAACCUUAAAGAGCUGGACAGUCAAUUAUUUGUGAAGCCCUCACUACCCGACAAGCAUGUGUAUCCAUUUCAGUUUUCUUUCUUACUAUUUCUUUUUUAUUCUGCUUCUUUCUUUCUUUCUUUCUUUCUUUUUUGUACAUUUGACUGGUUCUAUUCUUUCUCUAUCUUUCUCUUUCUCCCUUCUACUUUUCUUUUCGUCCCUCUCACUUCAGUUUUUCUUCUUUUUCAACUUAACCUUUCGACCUUUACUUACAGUCUCAAUAACCGAUUGACAUCGCUUCUUUUUCUUUCUUUUACCUUUUAUUCCAUCUCCUUUUCCCUUAUCUGCCAUAAGCAUUUAGCGUCACUCAUACGAUACAGACAUGACUCAAACAACGGCUUAACAUCUAUCUAUCUAUCUAUCUAUCUGUUCGUUAUCUAUCUAUCUAUCUAUCUAUCUUCUGUUCGUUAUCUAUCUAUCUAUCUAUCUUGGCUUAGGAACACAUUGCAAAUUGAAUCUAUCUAUCUAUCUAUCUAUCUAUCUAUCUAUCUAUCUAUCUAUCUAUCUAUCUAUCUAUCUAUCACUUUCGCCCCGGCCCCUCAACCUCCGGCGUCUAUAUCUCGGGACUCUCUCUCUCACUCUGUCACAUCUAUCUAUCUAUCUAUCUAUCUAUCUAUCUAUCUAUCUAUCUAUCUAUCUAUCUGUUUAAGUUGA